AGUCUCUCACUUCUCCUCCUCCUCCUCCUCUCUCAUGUCCCCUCUCAGUUUUAUUCUUAUUUUUCUGAAUGUUGCUUCAUUUCCUAGCAGAUCUAAUUUUAUUAAGGACGAGAGAGCUUUGCGGAUUGUAUUAAACUAUAUAGGCUAGCCUAUUUUUGCGUUAAUACUCCUCCUGUGCGUGACUGCAUCCACACUACAUUAUCCCUUCUAUCAACACGGAUGUACAGCUUCAAGGAGAGGAUAUGUAUCAGGGCAUAAUGACAACCAACCACGGACCCUCUUCCUAUGAGGCCGGAUUUCUGCACAACGCCUCGGCGGGCACCUCUCCGGUUUAUGUGCCCACUACCCGGGUCGUCACCCCCAUGAUCCCGGCGCUGCCCUACCUCCAGACGCCCGGUGCGUCGCAGCAGAGCAGUACCGUGUCGAGCCACUCUGCCUGGGCUCAGCCGUGCUCCGACUCGGUGCCCUCGUACAACCACUCCCCGGCGUCUCCGCGCUUCGCCUUCUCCACCAGCCCACCUCUGUCCUCCGGGGUGGCCACUGUCCGGGAGACGGCUUCUUACAGCAGCCCGUUAAACAUCUCUACCAACGGGAGGGAGCACUACGGCGCGCGGAGCCUCAGCGGGCCGUAUCACAGCCCCUACCCGACCUACAUAAGCCCGAACGUGGGUGGAACUUGGUCGGCGUCCCCCUUUGAUAGCCCGGUCCUCCACGGUCUCCAAACCGGCGCUCCUCAUGGCACAACACGGCAUCCAAACAUAGACCUGUUUGAUGACUUUGCUGAGGGGCGAGAGUGUGUGAACUGCGGGGCGAUGUCAACCCCUCUCUGGAGGCGGGAUGGUACCGGCCACUACCUGUGCAAUGCCUGCGGACUGUACCACAAGAUGAACGGCAUCAACAGACCUCUCAUCAAACCUCAAAGACGACUGUCUGCCUCGAGGAGGGUGGGCCUGUCCUGCACCAACUGUCACACCACCACUACCACCCUGUGGCGACGAAACGCAGAGGGAGAGCCGGUCUGCAACGCCUGUGGCCUCUACAUGAAACUCCAUGGGGUACCACGACCCCUGGCUAUGAAGAAAGAGGGGAUCCAGACCCGUAAACGCAAACCCAAGAACCUCAACAAGUCCCAAACUGGGACCCCAGGCAGUGAGGGCACUCCGGUCACGCCAAGCAGCACUCCCCGGGCCUCCAACACCACAGAGGAGCCUCGUCAGAUAAAGACGGAGCCGGACACUCACAGCUUGUACACACAACACAGUGCACAUGCACAGAUUUCAGCCUUGCCAGCCUACAUGACAACUCAAAGUGGGACCAUUCCUCUCAAGAUGUCCCCUGGUGGCCACGGUGGGUCUUCUGGCUCCAAAGCUGAGCCCUGGAACAACCUAAUCCUGGCCUAGAAGACCUAACCAGCAUCUCAAACCAUGCCGAUUAAACUCUCCUGAGAGACAAGUGUCUGCAGAAAGCUGAUUGACGCUCUGGAUGCAGAUGUUCCUGCAGCCUACACACAGUACAGGGCCUUCAGUGCAAUGCUCUGGGACAAAUAUGUGGGCGCCACAAAAGAAAUGGAGAUCUUAAACAGAACUGCACAGAUACUGUGCGUUCACUCACAGCAAUCAACGGACUGAAUGCAGUUUGUUAAAGAGUAGCACUGUGAUUAGACACACACAGCUCUUGGUAUGAGAAACUGCAACAAGUGAAAAAACGUUUUUUGUCUGUCCAGUGCAGGGGCAUUAAAUGACUGAUACUGUAACAUAAACCAGUAACAAAUAACAGUAAUGGUCAGACUUUAUUUCCCUGAGUUAUUUUUAUUUCAAUAUAUUUGUCUUCAUUUUCAUAUUAAUAUGGACAAAUUGCCAAAGAAUGAUGGACACACACAAGAAUCACAACAGCACCCUUUAAAGUCAAACGUAGCACCAUGGAGUAGCAAGUGUACUUAAAGGGUCAGUUCACAUUAAUAAGAAAAACAACAACUAUAUAUUUUCACACUCACAAGGGGUAGGCCUAUUUACUUGCAUUGCAUGCAAUGGAGGUGAAUGAAAAUAAAUUUUUCAAAAACUCAAGAGCUAUGUCUGUUUACAGAACAAACGAUGUGCCGGUUACUUAAUAAUCCACAGACCUCAAUGUGAUCAGUAUUUUGUAUGUUUGGUAGAUGAUUCAAACUGUUCAAAUGUGAUGAGUCUUUGGAUUAUCCAGAUGAUCCAGUAAAGCACUUUGCUAUUUGUAUAGAUUUUCAAAGGAUGUCAAUUAAUUUAGCACAACACUCAAACAUGCAGUCAUCUUAGCUGUAACAGGGCAGCUCAGUCUGAGCAGCAAUAUCUCAAAAUAGAAACGGAUAUGUAUGUGAAUUGUGAUUCGCGUGAACUGACCCUUUAAACAUUUCCCAAAUUUGACAUUCAAUGAUUACAGUCACGUAUAUGUAAUACCAUUGAUUGUAAUGCACAGGUGUAAUUUCACAGUACAUCUAAUUUUACAAAGAGAAGAUAAUCAUGAGCAUUUCUUCUAAACUUAUUGAAAGACAUCAUCACUCCUCAACACCAGAGAUAUGACCUUCAGUAUACAUGAUCUCCCACUUUGUUUCUGGACAGUUUCCUGAACGGCGUGGCUUUUCUGUCAGUAUUGACAUCUCUAUGAAAAAAUACAUAAUAAACUACCUAUGCAGAAAGUUCAGUUGCACAUUAUGAAUGCAGAUAGAAGUUGUGGCACAUAGCCCCCUCUGCUGACACAAGUACAGAUGUGCAUCCAGAAAAAAAGUGUAAUCAUCUUUAAUCCUGCCAGUAUUUAUUAUUAAAAGGCACAGCCCCAAACCACACAAUCAUCUAACCAUAAUCUAUUAGCUGAAGGUAGUUUGAUAGACUUCAUGACGGUGUAUUGUAUCAAGACUGUACAGAUUGUUACCAAAUACUUCAUGCUUUAAUUUGCUUAUGACAAGCAUGGGGGGCUGGGGCAACGUGUUAAUGUGGGACAUCGCCACAUGUAAUUAUCAACAAAUAUAUGAGCAUAUAUGUAAAAACUCCACUCCAGUAUAAUUGUAAUACACCAGUGAUGAUAUUUUGUAAGUAAAAAAACAGUGAAAGAUGUGGACAUGUGGACUAACACUACCUGAUGCCCUUCCUCUGUGUGCAACUGUAGCUCUACUGAGGAAACUAAUAAAGA